AUGUCCAUCAGUCGCACGUUCCGUGUGUACGAGAGGAACGUCGCGGCUGCAACCUCCAUCCCUACCAGAACUCCUUACAGUCUGAUUUUGGACAGCUCGAAGAUCAGCGAUGAAUUUCUGCUGUUCGAGUCAGGAAUCGUCGCUUCGUUGAACAACGAGGAAUGUGUCGAGUUCAGAAAAGCAUACGUGAAGAUCUUAGAUGCUUUCGCUUGUCUUGGCGAGUUUAUAUUACAUCGUCCUGAAAAUGGAGCUGAGCUUCAUUAUCUUUGUCUGGUGACCUCAUGUGUUUGCAUUGGAAGAAUCGAAGACUGUGAUGUGUAUAGAAUAACUGAUGUCGCGUUCGUCAGUAUGUGGGGCAGCUACGCUGCUCCGUCGGACGGUCGGAUCAACGAAAUUCAAAAAUUUCUCUGCGGAGGAACGUUUUAUUUCGCAUCGUCCGUCAGCGAUGGCCCUGUGAUUGAUCUCUGUUUAACGACACAACAACGCUAUCAAAAGCAAGAAUUCGGAAACAGGAAUCGUUCAUUGCAUCUGCCGUUCAAGCGUUACGGUAUCAACACGUCGAAAUGGCUUAUCCGCUGUAUUUGUGGAGGCGUGGAAAUCAAGACCGUUUAUGUUGGUCAUCAGCAGGCAAAAGCGUGUCUGAUAUCGCGCUUGAGCUGUGAACGGAUGGGAACCAGGUUCAACGUUCGCGGUGUAAAUGACUUUGGGCAUGUGGCAAAUUUUGUCGAGUCUGAACAGGUCCUCUUUUUUAAUCGGUACGUGGUGUCGUUCCUGCAAACACGAGGAUCUGUGCCACUGUUUUGGGAACAGCCCGGCGUUCAGGUCGGGUCUCACAGGGUGAAAAUGAGUCGUGGCUUCGAGGCGUCCGCUCCCGCUUAUGAUCGGCAUUUUUUUGCAAUGCGCAAAUACUACAAGCAAGUGGCUAUCGUGAACCUUCUCGGUGCCAAGGAAGGCGAGGCUGUGCUUUCUUCCGCAUACAAACUUCACCACAAGGCUUCGGUACAUGGUGAAACGGUGCCACUUGUGAAUUUCGACUUCCACUCCGAAGUUCAUAUGAGUACUCGAGUCGAAGACCUUGCCGUUUUGUUGCGUAAGAUGAAACCGGUCCUCGAAAAAUUCGGCUUUUGCGUUGUCAGGGACAAGCAGGUUUUGAGGCAUCAGCGCGGAGUACUGCGCGUGAACUGCCUCGACUGCUUGGAUCGAAGUAAUGCGGUGCAAACAUUUUUUGGACUGCACAUUCUUAGUGAACAGCUGAAAGAGGCUGAAUUGGCCGACAAGGCAAACAUCGUUUGUCGGUUCGAAGAAGUGUUUAAAGAGAUGUGGACGGCGAAUGGUGAUGGCUGCAGCAAAAUCUAUGCCGGUACUGGAGCGUUGGAGGGCAAGUCCAAGAUCAAAGACGCGUCACGCUCCGUCUCUAGGACCAUUCAAAACAAUCUGUUGGAUGCGUCGAAGCAGGCGGCUAUCGAUGCGUUUCUUUUGUCGUCCGGUUUUAGCGCCGAAGUGUACGAUCUCACGAGCUGCAUCAUUCCGAUGGGUUUGAUGCUAGCCAAUCCAAGUGUUCUCUCGACCGUGGUUGAGCAGCGUGACAAAUUUACCAUUCCGGAAACGGUGAGGGUAUUUUGUGGCACCUGGAAUGUAAACGGCGGUCAGCGACCAAACUCAGUGGCUUUACUUGACAUUUCCAAUGACUUCACCGCCCCAAAUGAUAUUUAUGCGAUCGGAUUGGAGGAGAUAGUUGAUUUGAACGCAACCAACAUCGUCAGUGCAAGUUCAGCGAAUCAGAAGAUGUGGAUCGAUGCGUACAGGAGAAUCCUGUGUGAAGGAAAAUGCAAGUACAUCUUGCUAGAAUCGGUUCAGCUGGUCGGUGUAUGUCUGUUCGUGUUCAUCAGACCGCGUUUGGCGCCAUUUGUCAGGGAUUUGGCCACGGAUAUGGUCAAAACAGGGUUCGGCGGUGCGGUUGGCAACAAAGGCGGCGUGGCCAUUCGUUUUCUGCUGCAUUGUACCCCACUAUGCUUCGUCUGCUCACAUUUCGCCGCCGGCCAAAUGCAGGUGCAGGAAAGGAACAGCGAUUUCGCCGAAAUCUCUCGUAAACUUCAGUUUCCAAUGGUAGUUUUUUGGUUAGGCGAUUUCAACUAUCGAAUAGAUCUUCCGUGUGAAACAGUGAAGGACGCCGCUAAAGCCGCUAACUGGGAACUGUUGCGUAGUGCUGAUCAGCUGAACGUUCAGCGCAGUUCCGGAAACGUAUUUAACGACUUUGAAGAAGGCUUGAUUUCUUUCGCCCCCACUUACAAAUACGACACUUACUCUGACGAUUAUGACACGUCUGAGAAAUGCCGCAUUCCAGCUUGGACUGAUCGAGUGCUCUGGUGGGAAAGGAUUUUCAGCGAUCGACCAAAACCGGAUCCUUGCCAACAAAAAGCCUGCAAAUUGUUGCUAUAUGCUCGCGCUGAAUUGAAGACCUCUGAUCAUCGGCCCGUAGGCGCUAUUUUCGACUUGGAAGUGCGAAAGAUGGACUUUGACAAGUUUGAAUCCGUUUAUCACGAUGUGCUGACUUGCAUGGGACCUCCGGAUGCCACGGUUAUCAUCACCGUAGACUCAGCCUCCGCUGACUCAGACAUGUUCCCGCAUUACAUUGUCGACCAGGUCUUACAAAAGGUUGCGCAGCUGUGCAUUCAGGUGUUGCUGGUCAAGUUCGUAGGCAAAGAAAUGUGGCUUAUUUUUAAAGACGGCGAAAUGGCGUUGGCUGCAUUGAGUAUGGACAAGACGCAGGUGAACUCGAAAACUCUGAACGUCCGUCUGAAGUCAACUGACUGGGAAUCAGAAGCAGAAAGAGAGUUGAAAAACGCGCGCUGUGUUGAUUCAAACUUGGCAAGCGAAUUGUUGGACGAAGGAAGAUUCUCGACUCCUACUUUGGAUGUGUAUGAGGAGGAAGUGAUCUGUACACACGUGGAUAACAAUUUGAGCGCUGUAAAAGUUCCAGAAACUUUUGUCGCCGUUGAUUCCAAACCCGUUCCCCCGCGAAGACCACCGCCACCGAAAUUUUCUAAGGAUACUCUGCCUAUGCCAUGCAGCGAUAAAUUAGGUUUUCGCCACGUCGCUUCGGUGCCAGCGUUUCCUGAUUAUUUAAAAGAAGCUUCUCAGGCGGAUAGAAUGGUUUUGGACAAGGUUUCUGUCAAGAAUCCACCUUUGCACUCAUCUGUACUGAAAGAAAACCUUACUACGCGUUCGAAUUUGGCAUCGAUUUCAGACGACGACUGGGCGAAGUUCACUCAAGCACGCUGCAAAGAGCACUGAUA